CGAUUUUACUAAAACGUUACUAUAAUUUAUUUUGUUUUCCUCCAAAUUAAAACAAAAAUAAACAUAAAUAAUGCUUUUUAUAAAACUUGGUUUUCUUAUGUUUUUAUAUCAAGUUAACGCGCGCAUACCGGACAUGGGUCCAGAAAAGGUGUAUUUCAACUUGGAAGAAGCAGAAGAAUUAUUCAAAGACUUCAUUGAGAAAUUUGACAAGUAUUAUGAUAAAGAAGAGUAUGCAGCACGUCUUGAAGUGUUCAAAGAUAAUUUGCAUGACAUAAACAAAAGAAACGAAGAACACGAGGCUGUUUUUGGUAUAACAGAGUUCGCUGAUUUGACAGACGAAGAAUUUCUAAAUAGACAUACUGGAUUCAAACCUUGGUCAGAUGUUAAUGAUACUGAAGCGUUGGAAUUGGAUUCAGAUCUCGAUGUUCCUAGUGCUUGGGAUUGGCGACAGAAAGGUGUGGUUGGGGAUAUUAAGAAUCAAGGAAGCUGUUCAUCUUGUUGGGCAUUUAGUGCUGUGGCUGUAAUCGAAUCACAGUAUGCGAUGAAACAUAAUAAACUUCGCUCGCUCUCCGAUCAACAGAUGGUUGAUUGUUUUGCCGAUGGUGGUGGCUGCAAAACUGGCAGCUGGCCUCAUUUAGCUUUCAAUGAAGCAGCCCGUGUUGGUGGUUACAUGUCAUCUGCUGACUAUCCUUACACAGGUCAGCAAGGCAAAUGUGCCUUCAGUAAAGAUAAAGUGGUUACUAAGGUCCUACCAGGAAAAUCUUCCAAAAACAACAAUGAAGAGGAAAUGAAAAAAUUGGUUCAAAGUUUUGGACCUAUUUCCGUUGCUGUAUAUUCAUCUGGUGGGGGUUUUAAGGCGUAUAAAAAAGGAGUAGCAACUGCUAACAGCCUCAGCUGCAGCAAAAAUAAUCGAGCGGAUCAUGCUGUUGCCAUUGUUGGCUAUGGAGUUGAAAAUGGCGUCGAUUAUUGGAUAAUCAAGAACUCCUAUGGCAAAAAAUGGGGCGAGCAGGGUUUCAUGAAACUUGAACGAGGAAAGAAUGCCUGUCAGAUUGCUAGUUACGUAGCUUACGCGUCAGUACCGUAAUAAAAAAGUACUAUUUUUUUGUUUAAACGUCUACAAAGUAAAUCGUAAUAUACCCAAAGACCCAUAUACUUUGUUGUAAUAUAUAAGUAAUCUGAAAUAAAAAUCGGGUGCAAAUCUAGCCCUCAAAACGAAA